CAUCCCGACGUCGAUCUCUUCUGGCCCCGAUCUACCUUGCAGCAACGAACACCGGGGGUCCAGAGGAUCGUAGGGAAUGACACGGACGACGACAGAGGACAAGACGUAGAGCUGGUUAGAACUAGAGAGGGACAGGGAAAGAGAGAGAGAGAGGCGCAGCGUCGAGGAGCAAAACGAGGCAGCCAAACAUGGAGGAAAUCAUCCCGGGUCUCUGGAUCGGCGACCUGGCCUGCGCACUGGCGACCGACUACCUCUCCCUCGCUGGGAUUACACACAUUGUCACGGCCAUGAAGCAGCGCCUGCCUAGCCCCAUGUCUCUGCCCGAUGGGAGAAAGAUUGAGCGGGCGACGAUGCACCACGUUGCGAUCGAUGAUGUCGACGAGGCUCCCAUCCUCGUCCAUCUGCCCCAGGCCAUCGACUUCAUCGACGAAGCCCUCAGACAGACGUGGCUCGACGAGGGUGAAGGGAUAGAGCAAGGCGGCCAAUGGGCCACCAUGGGCGAGGGCACAGUCAUGGUCCACUGCCAGGCCGGUGUGUCGAGAAGCGUAGCCAUUGUUACGGCAUACCUCAUGAAGACACGAAGGCUUUCGCUCAAGGAGGCCCUGGCCCUGGUGCAAUCGAGGCGUAGCCAGGCCGGCCCCAAUGCCGGCUUCAUGCACCAGCUCGAGCUGUACGAAGCGGCGGGCUGCCACGUCGACCUGCGCAACCAGCAGAUCCGUCGCUUCCUCAUGUCGCAGGCCAGUAUCCUCCGUGGCGAUCCCAUCGAGGAUGUGCUGCUGAGCUACUACCCCACGCCGUCGCAUUCGCCUGCUCCCUCGUCGUCUUCCUCGUCCAACUCUUCGCCCCUGCAGCACGGCGGCUUCCUCGCCUUUAGCCCCUUGGAUAGCGCCGUCGCUGCCUCCUCGUCCUCGGGAGCAGAGGAGGCGCCCAAGCGCUUCAAGACCGUCAGCCACAGGAGCAGCCCUGCCAUGUCUCGCCAGACCAGCAGCAGCGGCGGCGGCGGCGGCGGCGGCGGCGGUAACUCCAUUGCCGUCGCCAUGUCGACGACGACGUCAUCGUCGUCAACAACAGCAUCAACAUCGAUAAAGGCGAGGCCGAGGCGCUACUCGUCUCCGACCCGCAAGCGCGAUGGCAUCCGAGGUAUCGACCUGAGCAUCACGCCCUCGAUGCCGCCCGCUUCCACGUUUCUUCUCGACGAGUCCAAGUCGGGCCAGUCGGACGAGGUCGAGGAGGAGGGCGCAAAGAACUUCAGGGAUGCCUUUACCUCGAUCCUCGAGCCGUUUGAAGUCAUGGUCACAAAGGGCCGCGGCAGGCUGCCGGGGGGCGUGGAGGCGCUGCGGGGAAACGAGGGAAAGAGCAACGUGGGCGCGCUGCCCAAGCCCCACUACCGAGACCGCAAGCUGAGGUGCAAGAUGUGCAGGCGCGAGCUCGCGGCCAGAGACCACGUCGUCGAGCACGAGGAGGGACGGGGGCAAGAGGCAUUUGCGGUCAGGAAGAGGGGCAAGGACGAGGCAGAGAGGCAGAAGCAGCUGCGGACGGCCGUGCCCGGCGGUGGUCGUGCUUCUUCUGUCACAAGAAGUGCAGAGACCUUGGAGCAGAAGUUCGGAGCGCAGCUCAGACCAGAGCAGCAGCAGCAGCAGCAGCAGCAGUCGCCAACGCAAACAGACGAAGAGGAGAAGACAGCAGCCCAACCAUCAUCACAAAGCAACGGCAAUGCGAGGCCAAUUCAGUCGGCUGCCAGCCUCACGUCGAGCCUGCCGCCUCAGCUUGCUGCCUUGCGACUCGGGCGUGCUGGCGGCGUGCCGACUGCUGCUGCCCCAGCUGAUGCGAGCGCAAAGGCAGAUGGCGAGACUAAGACGAAGGAGUUCACAGAGGAAGAGCUGCUGCCCCGGUCGAAGGAUGCGUCGAGACGGAUGCUGCAUUCGCCGCAGUGCAGCGCCUACUUCGUCGAGCCACUCGCUUGGAUGCAAGGUCUGCAGCACGGUGAGAUCUCGGGCAGGCUCGUUUGUCCCGCGCCGAGGUGCGGUGUCAAGCUCGGAAGCUGGGAUUGGGCGGGCAUGCAGUGCGCAUGCGGUGCAUGGGUCACACCGGCGUUUGCAUUGCACAAGUCAAAAGUAGAUGAAGUUUGAAGAGACCUCGAGAGAUGCUGUAGUAAUAGUAGUAGUAGUAGUAGUAGUAGUAGUAAUAGAGAGGACUCGCA